AACUUCACUUAUACUAUCCAUGAUUCCAGGCCUCUGGCUGGCUGGGAAGUGCAAUGUAUCCAUAGGCUUAUCAGGUUUGUUUCUGCCAUGUUGAUAUGAGAUAUGGAAUUGUAGGCCAGACUGUAAAGAAUACAUGAGGAUAGUGGAGAGCAUCAAGAGUGCGGAUGCCUGCUGUGAUUCCAAGGGUUAAGGGCAUCAGUGUCGUGCGCGUGAAUCUACAUCUGAAUGAUGGCAGGAGCGGUGUACUUGCGUCAAGUAGUGUUGUACAAGUACCAACUCCUACAGAGGUAACACCGUACGCGCGCAUGACCCUUCCUCCCCAAGCUCCCUCCUCUAACGUUCGUCGACAUAACCUCAAGGUGCUCCCACAGCGCCCUCGCUACAUCUUCGCGGGACACCUGUUUUGGCUUAUCUUCCGGGACGUUCUGCCGAUCUUUGUCCUGAUCAAGUCUCGGUGGUUGGACUGCGUUGGAUUCUGGAACGUAUCUGUGGAGUUUGAAAAGGAUUCGUCCCGUCCACAACGCAUCAGUCUCAAGAGCUUCCUCUCAGUUUCCCGGUUCAGGUCAUCGUGCUGCUUUGCACCUUUCAUAAUGAUGGAUUUCGAUUCUCGCCAUUCCAGGCUGUUGAGAUCGGUGCCCUUCCAGAAGUCCGGGAUUGGCGACCCGUCGUAUAACCAACAGCGAAUUGGGCGUAUAUGCGAAAUCGGUGGGUGAAUCGAACACGGGACCUCGGUCGAGCUUGGGAGAGAGUACUGCCUACUACUACCACUUUGCUUCUUCUACCCGUGGAGGGUUGAAAGUAGGCAGGGAGACUUGCAUUAUAUACCCAAUACAGUCUGUACCUAGCAGCGGAGGAAGGGGGGGUCUCUGACUGUACAGUCUGUUUCAUGACAUUGAAGUCUGGCACUAGCAUGUUGAACUGUAAUGACAACAUUAUGGUACCUAGCCGGUGUCAUAAUGCUUCCCAGCCGGUAGCAUAAUGUUUCCUAGCCGGUGU